AUGUAUCUGUCGUUUGAUGAUUUCCGAACCGGCUGCUUUCUAACCGCUAUAUGGCUACACAGAACGAUUUUGGGGACAUCAUGCACCUCAUGCAUCUCCGCAGACGAAGCAGCAGGCCUGGAAUAUCUUCAGCACGAAUCCUUCAUACAUGCCGCCAGCCAAGCUAUGCUGGUUACCAAAAAGCACCCGUGGAUCUCCGAUUUCAACAAUAGAUUGCCAAGCACGAUGACCGGAUUACAUCUCACAGCGUACUUUGGGUUGAUGGAACAAUUGGUGGCUUUGCUUGAGAGGAAAUAUAUCCCAGAUGUAAAGGAUGCGAACGGCUGGACGCCGCUGUCUUGGGCAGCACGUAAUGAGCAUGAUACGGUUCCAAAGCUGCUUCUUAAGAAAGACGGCGUCAAUCCGGACUCUCUAGACAGCAAUGAUCGGACACCGGUGGCGUUGUUUGUAAUACAUAAACAUGAGGCAGUAGUAAGCCUGCUUCUGGACAAAAGAGAUGUCAAGCCAGACUCCAAAAAUAAGGAAGGCUGGACUCCACUGUCAUGGGCCGCACGCAACGGGCAUGAGAAGGUAGUGAAGGAACUGAUGCAGAAUGUCAAAGCCUAG